AACCGAGUUAGAGAAGGACACGAGCGGAACUCGAGAGAAAAGUCAGUGGCCGAUCCCAAGCUCUGCAUCACUACACUCCAUCAACGAGCAUCUAAAUUACUCCAAGCGAAAAGCUGACGACAGUAUGAAUGUUGACAUCGGACCCCCAUGUAUGACCUCUCCGACAGCAGCCUCUGGGUCGUCGUCGUCGGCGGGAUCCAGGAAACCAGACAUACCGUGUCGCGUAUGCGGAGACAGAAGUUCCGGCAAACACUACGGCGUGUAUAGCUGCGACGGGUGCCGUGGAUUCUUCAAACGUAGCGUGCGACGUAAUCUGGCGUACGUUUGCAAAGAGAACAACAACUGCAUAGUCGACGUGACCAGGCGAAACCAAUGCCAGGCUUGCCGUUUCAAGAAAUGCCUAGAAGUGCGAAUGAACAAGGAUGCAGUACAACACGAGAGAGCUCCACGAUGCUACCAGUACAAACGAGAAAGCCCACUCGGCAUGAAAAGAGAAGGCUCUCCGGAAGUCGUCGUGGCGGUGUCGGGAAUCAACGGCUUCCACCAUGACGAGGACAAGUCGAGCUUCCGACCGGUGCACCCUACAGAAUUCAAUCGGGGUGGGGUGGUGUUCUUUUCGAACCCAUUUCUCAGUAGUUUGUUAGACGCCGAACCACGGCACGGCACCAGAGAUUUAGUACACCACGAACAUCAUGUGCAAAUCAAGGAAAACAGACAUAAACUAGAACAUGGUAAGUUUUUUUACAUAGGUGAAGUCUGA